AGUAAGGAAGUAAUAAACUCAGACCAGCUGCCGGCUGUACUUUUAUUCAUAUGUGAAGUUAGUGUUUUAAUUCAGGAAUAAAUCUAAACUCAAUGGUCAACCUCGGACUCCGGAAGGUCGAUGACGCGCUCGUGGAGAAACAUCCGGGUUUACAGCAGUAUGCUGCCUGCCAGUCUCGUGCAUUCAUGAAAGGAACAGGAAGCUUCAUAGUUGGUACAAUAAGCAUGUUCUUCGCACAGCAAGCACUACAGAAAAGACUGAAGUAUCCGCUCCAGUGGAACCUUCUAGUAUCUAUAGUGGCUUCCUCAGUGUUCAGCUACACAGUAACACGCUGGGAGACGAUGAAAUGCACAGAGCUGUGGGUUUUCUUAGAAAAAGGAGAAGUCCCUGAUUCCAGUCCACUGAAGGAUGAGCUUCUCACACCUACAGCUCCCAAAGUCACAAAAUACGGAGAUGCAAUGGAGUAAGCGGUAACUGCAAUGCAAUAGAAGUGGACUGUGUGUGUUUUUUUUUUUUUAAGGAAUUUUGAAUCGAGUCCAUUUUGGAGUGCGUUCAAAAUGUAUAUUGUUUUUAUUUUUUAUUUUCUUCUGAUCAAAAAUGUUAAUAAAAGUAUAAACCUGGA